GGAAUUGAAGAAGGUUAGAGUGUCGUCGGAGGAUCUCUAGAUAUAUACACAUUAUAUAUAUGUACCAGAGGCAGCACAGGGGUAAGAAGAAGAACGAGCCACGAACACAGUACAACUGGGUACCGAGUCGACCCGGAGGGUCAGCUCAGUUACAGUAUAAAAGGGUUUCUUCUGGAAAGGGUGGUGGUGGCACAGGCCUACCUCCUCCUUCCCUGUCUUCCUCCUCUGCAGCAGCUUCCCCUUCCCUUGUCUAUAGAAUUGUUAAGAAGGCUGGUGGAGAAGGGAGUCAAUCAAGUUUGCCUGGUGGUAGUGUAGAAUCAGUGUCUGGUUAUGUGCAGAGUGAUGCCCCAGUAUCAGAAACUUCUGGUGCUCCAACCUUCAUCAAGCCAAUCAAUACAUAUGAGCAGGAAGAUGUUGAAAUUGCUUCCAAGGCUCAAUCCUCCCAAUCUGCAUCUGGAAUCUCAGAUACAGGAACCCCUACGACCCCCGUGAAAGAUAACACUUCAAAGGGAGCAUCUGUGAAGUUUGGGAGCUUUGGCCCAGGAUUUGAGAAUGGCACACAGGUUCCUGCAAGAACGAACUCAGCGCCACCUGACUUGAACGAACAGAAAAGGAAUAAGGCAUGGCUUGGAUCCUCUAAAGGAGUUGAGUAUUUUCCCAUUACUGCUUCUAGGCAGCCACAACCAUGGGAGGUCAAUGUGCAGACAAAGGACCCCGAGCCUAAACCCCGGCCUAGAAAAGAUAUUCACUCUCAGAUUUCAGCUGCACCUUAUCUCUGUACAAUGCAGAAUUCAUCUUUUAUUCCUCAUCCUGAGGUUUCUGUCACUAUGCCAUAUCAGCAACCACAUGUUCCUAUGCAAGGCGGUUUUCCCGGCCCACAGCUGCAGCAUCAGCAGCAGCAUCCAAGAAUGCCAUUUUCUUCGUAUCAGAUGCCUAUGCAGUUACCAGGUGGAGAUAAUAAUCAAGUUUGGCAACCACCAUUUAUUCCCGGUUUGCAACCUCGUCCCUUGCCACCACCUCAAGGGAUGAUGCACCAGGGUCCUCCGGUUCUAAACUUUCCUCCCCGACAUGAUUACAAGCCGCGUGCUCAGUUUGGUGGUGUGGGCGUUGGAGCAUCGCCGCAGUUUGUUGGGAAGCCCACUGCACCUAGAGUAAAAAUUACUCAUCCUGAAACCCAUGAAGAGUUAAUACUUGGUGGUGAGAAGGUUGAUGCAAAACUGGAUGGUGGAGCAGUUAGGAUGCCAUCUUAUCAUAGUAGGGAUUCUCAACCACAACCAUUCUAUUAUGGUCCUUCCCAUGCAAGGCCUUCCUUCUCUCAUAUGCACCCAAAUCCUUUCAAACAAACUCCUAGUUCUGCUAUGUUGAAGAAUUCUCAGAUGCCUCAAGAUCUUCCAAUAUUGGAACAGAAAUCUUCAGGGAUGUGCAGUAUUGCUGUUUCUCCAAACAGGGAACUGAUUCCCGGUUUGUCAGCUGACAGAUCUAAUGGAGAUUUUCUGGGUCCAAUGUCAGCUAACUCAUCUGAUGUCAAGACACUAAUGAGGACAAUGCAGCCUAACCCCAAAAAAGCCGAAUCACAAAUUCAUUCGAAAUUUUCUACUAAGCAACCUACAUUUGUUCCUAGAUCUUCUGUUCAAUCAUCUAUGAUUCCCUCUCAUGAUGCUGCAUUCAUAGAAAAGAAUAUUGGUGUCAGAAGAGAGAGAGCUGUCCAGGGUGUGGAUAAAUCUAGCAAGACAGCUCCAGUACAUUCUGAACAAUCACAACAUCUGUUGCAGGUGGGCUCCCAGAGCGAAGAGCCUGAACUUGCUAGGGGAGCAAUUUCGAGUGCUAAUGCAGGAAUUUAUGUCGUUUCUGCUGCAAAUGAAGCUCCACAAUGUAAUGUUGUAAUCAACACAAAUAAUAAAGCUCUUAAAACAGCGAAACGGGAUGAUUAUUCUCCACCAGACAUUCCGGCAGAAAUAAUUAAAGCAUCAUCGAAACAUUCAAAGGCCAAUGGGGUGGAACAAUGCUCCCUGGAUAAUAGAGAAGAUAUACAUGGUUCUCGAGAGAGAAAUUCUUUGGCGUCUGGUUCUCCUGAAAUUAGAUGUCAACCCUUGAAUCUCAGUGAAGUUCUGUUAUCUGAUACUGAAUCAAAGCAACCUAUGAGUGGUCAAAGUCUUAAUCCCUCAUCACCAACGUCGCCUUUCAAAGCCAAGGGGAAAGCUUUUGAGGAAGUAAACCUUGAUCUUAGUCCUGGAUCGAAUCCGAAUAGGGCGAAAAGUGCAUUCUCCAGACGCAGGGAAAAAAGAAAAGAAAUUAUUAAGAAAGCUGAUGGUGAUCAUCUCUGUAUGUCAUGCAAGUCCCCUAAGAAGAAAUUGGAAUCUCCUGAUUCCUCAGUAAGUUUACAAGUAUCCUCCUCGGGUUCCUUUGACGAAGAUCAAGAUUAUAGGAGUAAAACUGAAACAGAUUACUGGAAAAAUGAAGCUGGAAUAUCAACUCAAAAACUAGAGACAUCAAUGGUGUUUCACCAUAAGGUUAAGCAUCCUGAAGGCAAAAAGAGGUACUCACCAGAUUUCCUCAUAACGCUAUCUUCAAACUAUACCAACCUUCCCACAGAUUUCAAGCUUGCAAGUGAUGUGGAAAACCUACUGUGUUCUAAUGCCAUCAGUCCAAAACUAGCCAAGCACAGUCCAAAAGGAACCAGCCCAAGUAAUGCACAACAUGUUAGCAGGACUGCAGGUGGUACUUCUCGGCUUGAGUACCGUGCUAUUAGUGUGACAGAUAAUGUCAGGAGGACGAAAUCACAAGCUACUUUUGCUUCUGGACCUGAGCCCUGUAAUGGUGCCAACAGAAGUGGUAACAAUAAUGGGAUUCGACCUGGUCAACGAGGAAACUAUGAUGUUGGAAGGAACCUUCGGGUGCAUGCACCAAUGGGGCAACGUAGUUCCCGUAAUGGAAAUAAAUGGCAGCGUGCUUCUCGCUCUGGAAAAGGUUCGAAUCCUCAAUCUCCACUGCACAGAGCUCAGAAGAAAUAUGAGGUGAGGAAAGUGAAUGAUGUUGAGGAGGGGAAACAGAGACAGCUGAAAGCUAUUCUUAAUAAGUUGACUCCUCAAAAUUUUGAGAGGCUGUUUCAGCAAGUUAAGGAGGUUACUAUAGACAAUGCUGCCACUCUUGCUGGUGUCAUUUCACAGAUAUUUGACAAAGCCCUGAUGGAACCAACGUUCUGUGAGAUGUAUGUUGAUUUGUGUUAUCAUCUUUCCAGUGAGCUUCCUGAUUUUGUUGAGGAUGAUCAGAGAAUCACCUUUAAGAGAUUGCUUCUAAAUAAAUGCCAGGAAGAAUUUGAAAGAGGAGAAAGAGAACAAGCUGAAGCAGAGAAAAUGGAAGGGGAUGGAGUGAAACAGUCUGAUCAGGAAAGAGAAGAAAAGAGGAUACAAGCAAGGAGGAGGAUGUUAGGAAAUAUAAGAUUGAUUGGGGAAUUAUACAAGAACAAGAUGCUGACAGAAAGGAUCAUGCAUGAGUGCAUCCAGAAAUUGCUGGGAGAUUACCAAAAUCCGGAUGAGGAAGAUAUUGAGGCUCUCUGCAAGCUAAUGUGCACAAUAGGUGAAAUGAUAGACCAUGCCAAAGCCAAGGAUCAAAUGGACACAUAUUUUGAAAUACUGUCAAAUUUGGCAAACAACACAGAUUUAUCUUCUAGGCUAAGGUUCAUGUUGAUGGAUGUAAUUGACCUGAGAAAAAAUAAUUGGCAGCAAAGAAGGAAAGUUGAAGGCCCCAAAAAACUUGAAGAAUUACAUAGGGAUGCACAUCAAGAGAGACAAGCUCAUCAAACCAACCGAUUUACUCGUGCUCCAAACAGCAUUCCUUCUCCUAGAAGGGGACAUCCAUCGGACAUUGAUAAUCAUGCAACAACUAUGUUAUCAACAUCCCAAAUAAGUGCAGUUCAUGGAAUGCCAUCACAUAUUCAUGGAUUUGGAGGUCAGGAUGUGAGGCUGGAAGACAAACAUUUACACGAGGGCCAGGCUUCUUCUUUUCCCCUGCCUCAUACGUCUAUCAGUGACAACACUAUUUAUCUCGACCCUUGGGGAAUAUCCGCUAGUGGACCACUAAUGCUUUCUUGUUCCCCUCCCACAGACAUAAAUAGUGGUUUUGGGGAGACCAUUAUAAUCCAAGGCGGUCCAGGUGGUUAUAGUUCUGUAUCUGAACUCUUACCUUAUAAUAUAAGACAAGAGCCAAUAUCCAGAUAUGGUAUGGAGAGUUUUGUGAGGCCUUCUGUAUAUGAUCAUUCCAUUCAACAAGGCAAUGUGCUUUAUGCAAGUAGAGAUGCAGCGAAUUUAAAUUGUUCAUUUGGGAGAUCAAGUGAACUUUCCUCAACUUGUCUGCAAACUCAUCCUUUUGCACCUAAUCCUAUAACUGAGAAGGUAUUGCCUGAAGAACGUCUUGCAGAACUAUCCAUCUCUGCAAUUCGAGAAUUUUACAGUGCUGUGGACGAGAAUGAAGUUGUUCUCUGUAUUAGAGAAUUGAACUCGCCAAGUUUUAUUCCAACACUGAUAUCCUUAUGGGUAAGUGACUCAUUUGAGAGGAAAGACAGAGACAGGAUUCUCCUUUCUAGGCUCCUUGUCAAUCUUACCAAGUCCAGGGGAAUAAUGGACUCUGGGCAGCUCAUUUCUGGGUUUGAAUCAGUUUUAGCCACUUUGGAGGAUGCUAUAACUGAUGCACCAAAAGCAGCAGCUUUUCUUGGCUCCAUGUUUGGUACAAUGAUCAUUGAGAAUGUUGUCUCUCUGGAAAAAAUCGGAAAUCUUUUAAGAGAAAGCAUCAAGAAACCUGGCCAUCUUCAAAUUGGGCUUGCUCAUGAGGUUCUUGAAAACACAUUUGCAAUGAUAAGGUCAGUGAAGGGAGAAUCAUUCUUGAGAGAGAUCUGUCUGAUCUCCAAUAUAGAAUUGGAGGAUUUCGCCCCUCGAAACCUCCCAAGCCAACUUGUGUCUCAGUCAGGUUGAGAUUCAUUUCUUCCCAUUACAGAAACUGAAUUAUACAGGUACUCUUUGGUGACAGAUAUUCCCACAAAAUAUGUUUUUGAGACUCUCUCUCAUUUGAAUAAUUCAAUUUUGACAGCAAGUUCUUUUCCUCCAUUAAAUUGGAUUCUUCUGUUGUACUAGCAUCUCA